GUCAAGGACCAUCAGUAGACUUUCAUACGUGUUACGUUAAUGCGUAUUCAAAAAGACACUCGAAAUACGUCUACGCAACCUUCUUGAAAUUUAUAACAAAAAUUAUUUUUAACAAAAAUUUGUUCAGUUUCUUGUUCCACGUUGCAUCAAGCCAAAACCAAUUAUUUUAAUUCUUCUCAACGUCGCAUUGUCAACAGGAAACAAAGAUACUAUCACCAAAUACUUGUAAUUGUAUUUGCAAAAAUAUGUGUAAUUUACAAUAACAAUGCUUACAUUUUUUCUAAAAUAAAAGCGGAAAUAUAAACAAUUUUUUGCGCAUGUAAAUUUAUUCGAUUUCCGAAAAGUUAAAAAAUUAACUAAUAAUUGUUUUUGACAAUUCGAACGUAUCAAAAUAUGUUCAGGUUUUUACCUUUAUGUCAGCAUACAUUAUUGAAACUGUCAAAUGACUUAUGCAAACGACAUAAAUGUCAAUGGGCAGCAGAUUAAAUCCUAAAAUCUUAGUAUGGCACUCACAGAUACGUUCUGGAACCAGCUCCCCUUCCAUAUACGUCAUAGUGAAACCUCGUCCAUUUUCAAAAAGUCCCUUAAAACUCAUCUGUUUAGGUCCGCCUAUGACCUGUGAUGCACCCUCCUUGCCAUACCUAAUUUUCUGUUUCGGUUUAAUCCUGAAGUGUCAAAGUGUCCUCUUUUUAUAGCCAUUUUCAUUGUUUCUAUAGAAUAGUAGUUACUAUCCUAGUGUCUCAUUUGUUUUUACUUAGUUUACAUGUUUUAAUAAUUGUAAAGCGCUUAGAGCUUUAUGAUAAGCGCUAUAUAAAAAUGCCUAAAUAAAUAAAUAAAUAAAUACGCCAUGUUUUGCAAUUUUAUCCAAGCACCAAAAAAGCCCACCCAUGAAGCUUGUAUGAGACAAUCCUCCAAAGUUUCAUUCAAAUAAUUACUUAACAUAAUACAUAAGUUAAAAUACAAUAAUUAAAGUUGAGCAGUUAAUAACAUAUUACACAACCAGUAAGUUCAAACUUUAACGUAUAAGAUAAGAUAAGAUAAGACAAGAUUCUUUUAUUGAUCCAAAUAAAUGGAAAUGUUUCUUGAUUGCAUUAUACAUUUUCAGCAUGCCGGUAAAUUCGUACAGAUUGGGGAAAAAAAGAAUUUUUACGUCGGUCAGUCCUCGCCCUGAUGGAAAGAAUUCGUCCCGAACGGCACGAUCCUAAGUAUAUGUGAUGAAGAGGGUGGGUAGUAUCAUCCAAAAUGUAUUUAGUUUUGCAAAAACAUCUUUCUUCAAAUAGUUCUUCAAGUGAAGGAUGUUGAGUUUGUGAUAUAUUUCUAGCUUUCUUGAUUAGUCGGUUUAUGCAGUGUUUAAUAUCAGACGUUGAAUUCCCACACCAGCAGGUAAUACUGAAAUUAAUCAGGCUUCCAAUAGUUGCAUUGCAGAAUAAGUUAACGACUUGUUUGUUUACGCCGAAAUUGUACAGUUUUUUGAGGUAGAACAGUCUUUGGUUGAAUUCCUUAUACAUAAUUUGGCCGUGCUCAUGCCAUGUUAGCUUAUUAUUAAUGGUGACACCUAAGUACUUGUACGCCUCCACUUUGCCCACAUUUUGAUUUUUUAUGUUCAAAUCUGUAAUCUGGUGUUUCCCCCUCCUGAAAUCAACAAACAUUUCUUUUGUUUUUGAGACAUUCAACUGGAGAAAAUUUUCAUCGCACCAAUUGAUAAAGCUUGUAACUAAGUUGCGGUAUAUGCCUUCUCCUUCAGAUAUUAAGCCAACAAUGGUGGUAUCAUCAGCAAUUUUAUUUUAAGAUUGGAACGGUGUUGCCUGAGCUUUGAAUAUAAUUUGUAUAUAUUGUAUACAGUACAGGGGAGAGAAUGCAGCCUUGUGGUGCCCCAAUGCUUAUUUAUCUGGUUAGAGAUAAUUGGUUAUUUACUUUGACAUAUGGUGGUCGAGUGGUUAAAAAGUUCAGUAUCCAAGACUGAAUAUUUAAAUUGUAACCUAAAGAGGAAAGUUUCUUUAUCAUAAGGUGUGGUUGGUUGGUGUUAAAUGCUGAUGAGAAGUCUAAGAAAAGCACUCUGGCCUAUGUUUUAGGACUGUCUAGGUGAUGGUAAAGUUUCUUCAACAAUAGUAAGAUUCCCUUCUCAGUACUUCUUGCAGGUUUAUAAACAAAUUGGUGGGGGGUCAAGUUUUUGCUGUACUUCAUUCAAAAUUUAUUUCAGAAUUAUUUUUUCAAACCAUUUCAUGACAAUAGAGGUAAGUGCAACAGUUCGUAAGUCGUUGUUGCACGUUACCUUAAUUUUCUUUGGAAUUGGUUUGAUUUCUUAAGUUUUCCCUAUUGUGUGAGUUACAUAAGAUUUAUUAAAUAUGUAACAAAAAAUUUAGGAGAGCUGCUCUGAAAAUAGUUUAAUGAGCCGACCACUUCAUUUGUCUGGUCCCGAGGCCUUGGUUGCGUCCAUUUGUUUAAAUAAUGACAUCACUCUCUGUUCGGUAAACAAUAAACUACCAUCCUAUGUACAUUUCAUACAUUAUAGUUAUUUUAUUUUAUAUUAAUAUUCUAAUGCUCAUCUACUUUUUCACCACUCGAUUAUUUCACUAACAAUUUCAGAACAAACGAAAAUAUCACGCACCAAGAACGCAUUUUUGGGGGGUUUUAGAAUCUCAUUUAGCGCCAGUUUUCGGGAAUUUUAUCUCGUGACAUCAAAGGUAUUACAUUUCUUUCACUUUUUCAUUUGAAAACAGCAAAAACUGAUUUUCAUAUUUGUAGUUCAGGGUUGGGGCUAAAAAUAUAAUACGGUGUGUUGUCACUUGCAAAACAUCUAUGUGCAAAGUGGAUCAAAGAGACGUCCGAGAAUGUGAUCCACCACCCAACCACGAACCAAAUCUUUAAAACAAAACAGGAACUAAACGAAGAUGAAAUAAAAGAUUUAAAAAGUUAAUUGCAAGUAAUUAAAGAACACCUAAAACAAACUUAUUCAUAUAAUUGCUUUUUAAAAUGUACUAUCGAGCAGUGGGGGUUGGCCUGAAAAUUUGAGAAAACAUGCACGCAAGUAAGGCAAUUUUUAAGAAUUUUUUCACGCCCUUUCAUCAUAGUGAUAUUCUAAUGACCCUCCAGAUUUUACACCACAUAAUUUAACUAACCAACAAUUUGAUAAAUGUUUUUUUUAAAUAUAAUUCCCCAAAAACAGUUGAAAUAUUUUUUUUUAAGAAUCUCACUUAGCGCAGUUAUAAGGAAUUGUAUACCUUAGAAUUAAAGGCAUCAUAUUUCCAUCAUCUUCCCCUAAAAAAAGGUGGAAAUAUUAUGUUGGGGGUGUGGUUGGGGCUGCAACUUUGAAACAAAAUGUUGACUACAGCAGCGGGUCUAUGUGCCCAUAUCAGCUUGAUAGGUUGACGGAAAAUGGGUGCAUUAGCCAUCCAAAUAUUUUUUUAAGCUCAUGUCAAACAAACAUUUAUUAAAGUUAAUAUAUAGGAUUUAAUAACUAAAUGACCAUUAAAAACUUAGUUUUCGUGUAACUCCUUUAUAAUAUUAAUAUCAAGCAAUGGGGGUGAGUGGGGGUGAUAAGUUGACAAAAUAUGCAUUAAACCAACACACUAAAUAAAGAUGCCAAUUAGUACGCCUUAGUCAAUGUUCCCAGUCAAUGGUCUAAAUCAUUGGUCCAAGUCAAUGUCCCAUGUCAAUGAUCCCAGUCAAUGGUCUCAGUCAAUGGCGCCAGUCAAUAGUCCCAGUCAACAAUCUCAUUCAAUGGUCCCAUUCAAUGGUCCGACUCAAUGGUCUCAGUAAAUGUUCCCAGUACAUGGAGUCAGUUAAUGGUAAAUCUCCCAUUCAAUGGCCUAAGUCAAACGUUCCAGUCAUUGAUCCCAACGGUCCCAGUCAAUGGUUUCCGUCAAUGGUCUCAAUCAAUGGUCCCAGUCUCAAUGUCCAAGUCAAGGGUCCCUUUCAAUGGUCUGAGUCAAACGUUCCAGCCAUUGAUCCCAAUGGUCCCAGUCAAUGGUCUCAGUCAAUGGUUUCCGUCAAUGGUCUCAAUCAAUGGUUCCAGUCUCAAUGUCCAAGUCAAGGGUCCCUUUCAAUGGUUCCGUCAAAAACUUUGGCUAUUUUUGACGUUUGUGUACACUUCGUAAAACCAAUCGCAAAGCUUGGAAGUUUUCUCUAGGAGUAUAAGAGGGUAACCAAAGCAAUGGAUACCACAACAUAAGGAACUAUGAGGUACUGUUCUGUGUCUUAACAUACACCUGUAAUGUUCUGUGUCUAAAUAUACACCUGUACUGUUCUGUGUCUUAACAUACACCUGUACUGUUCUGUGUCUAAAUAUACAUCUGUACUGGUCUGUGUCUAUACACACACCUGUACUGUUCUGUGUCUAAAUAUACACCUGUACUGUUCUGUGUCUAUACAUACACCUGCACUGUUCUGUGUCUAUACAUACACCUGUAAUGUUCAGUGUCUUAACAUACACCUGUACUGUUCUGUGUCUAAACAUACACCUGUACUGUUCUGUGUCUCAACAUACACCUGUACUGUUCGGUGUCUAAAUAUACACCUACUGUUCUGUGUCUUAACAUACACCUGUACUUUUCUGUGUCUAAAUAUACACCUGUACUGUUCUGUGUCUUAACAGACACCUGUACUAUUCUGUGUCUAAAUAUACACCUGUACUGUUCUGUGUCUAAAUAUACACUUGUACUUUUCUGUGUCUUAACAUACACCUGUACUGUUCUGUGUCUUAAUAUACACCUGUACUGUUCUGUGUCUAUACAUACACCUGUACUGUUCUAUGUCUAUACAUACACCUGUACUGUUCUGUAUCUAUGCAUACACCUGUACUGUUCUGUGUCUAUACAUACACCUGUACUGUUCUGUGUCUAAAUAUACACUUGUACUUUUCUGUGUCUUAACAUACACCUGUACUGUUCUGUGUCUUAAUAUACACCUGUACUGUUCUUUGUCUUUACAUACACCUGUACUGUUCUGUGUCUAUACAUACACCUGUACUUUUCUGUGUCUAUACAUACACCUGUACUGUUCUGUGUCUAUACAUACACCUGUACUGUUCUGUGUCAAAAUAUACACCUGUACUGUUAUGUGUCUAUACAUACACCUGUACUUUUCUGUGUCUAAAUAUACACUUGUACUUUUCAGCGUCUUAACAUACACCUGUACUGUUCUGUGUCUAAAUAUACACCUGUGCUAUUCUGUGUCUACAUACACACCUGUACUGUUCUGUGUCUAUACAUACACCUGUACUGUUCUGUGUCUAAAUAUACACCUGUACUGUUCUGUGUCUUAGCAUAGACCUGUACUGUUCUGUCUUAACAUACACCUGUAGUGUUCUGUGUCUAAAUAUACACCUGUACUGUUCUGUGUCUUAACAUAGACCUGUACUUUUCUGUCUUAACAUACACCUGUACUUUUCUGUGUCUAAAUAUACACCUGUACUGUUCUUUGUCUAAAUAUACACCUGUACUGUUCUGUGUCUUAACAUACACCUUUACUGUUCUGUGUCUAUACAUACACCUGUACCGUUCUGCUGAACACAGGCAAAUUCUAGUGUUUGAGCAUAAAUUAAAGUCUGCCAUACAACAGUGGUUUAGCUAGAGUUGGUGUCACCCGGUGCGGUAAAAUCAAGGUGUCCCCUCCCCCCCCCCCGACUUUCACGAUGGGUUUCUUGUUGUUAAAAUCAGUUUACAGUAUAACAAUGACAAGAAAACAAACAAAUGAAUUGAAGGUCAGGAGGUAAAUGUAUAUGAGAACUGUAACAACGUUAAAUUAUUUUUAUUUUAUGAAAUUUAUUCUAUUUUAAAAUUUUCCUUUCCUGGUUUUCAAAGCUGCAAACCUGUCAAUCCCUUUCACCGUAUCGCUUUCAAUUGAUAGUAGAUCCAGAUCAGAGAGCUUGAGUGUCCCAUGAUGGUUUAUAAGUAGUUGUUGAUAAGACUUAUUUUUGAAAAGCUCCGCUCACAUGAAACCACAGAUAGACAGAUCGUUAGAAUCAUUUGAAGGCUUGGCGAGAGUAUUGGAAGAGAUUCCAAUUUAGCUAUGAAUUUCAAAACGUCAAACAUUCACCAGCCCAUGACUUUGUGAAAUUUAACAUGAGCUGCCUUUAGGUGUCUUCUAAGCCUUGGUAUUUCUUUUAAAAGUCCAUCUUCUGAUAACUCAUCAUAGAAAGAGGUUAAUCUUGGAACGGACACCAAUAGCUCUUCUUCACUUGCUGAUGGUAGACUCUAGGGUUGAACUCCCCAAAUAUAUCUGCUACUUCAUUGAUCUCUGAUGAUCUGAUCUGGAGUUCAGAAUGAAAGCAAUCAAUACACUCCAGCAUCUCCCUACAGUUUUCUUCUCACAGAGAAUUUUCCGUCGACGAAAUUUCAUUCAAACAAAUUUCAGGAUAUGAUUUUCAACCUACAGAAAAUUUGAAGGCUGCGAUGUGCUACACAAUGAGCAUCUCAAGGAAAAAAACAUCAACCUAUAUGUACUCUCUAAACAAGAACAUUCCCCAAUGAGUAUGAAAAAAUCCAUACCUUGGAAUUCUCUUCUCAAAUAACCUAAAAUGGUCACCCCCAUAUAAACACAAUUUCAAAAAAAAGCCAGCUCCACACUUGGUUUCAUUCGAAGAAAUCUGCGCCACUGCCAAACAUGUUGCAGACGAAAUGCCUAUUUCGCACUCGUCCGUCCAAAACUAGAAUAUGGUGCGAUCAUCUGGGACCCAUACCUAAAGCAAGACGUGGACAAGAUGGAGCGAAUGCGACGUAACACAGGGCGCUUCAUCGCAAGUAACAACAAAUCCACCACUUCUGGUUUCGUCACUGACCCCUUAAAGGCAGACGAGAAAAGCUCUGUCUAAUAUUCCUAUAUAAAGUGGUCAAGUGGCUAGUGCCGGCCACUUCUGCUAAUACCUAUCUCACCCCGCAGAAGGCAGCUCGCUCAAUCAGAGUCAAAUGUGCCAUAAACACUGACUUCACCUCUGACAACUUCAUGAGCAGUUACAUCCGGAACAAUGAUAAAUGCUUCACUGUGCCUCGGUGUAACACAGUCCAAUAUAAACAAUCAUUCUUCCCACGAACCAUAAUUGCUUGGAACCAACUGGACAAUGCCACUGUGGGUAACUCGACAUCAAUCGAGAGUUUCAAGGCUGGCCUGGCACCCGCUAGGAGCGGUUAGGAUAGCCGCAUAGUUUCCCAAACCGUUGCACAUAUGCCAGGACUUGGUUGCACCAACGUAGCCUAUCAGAAUCAGAAUCAGAUUAAAAGCUCCCAUCUCACUGUCGUUUUGUUAGACGUAGGACAAACACUGCUACAAGCGAGGGCUUAUUUCUACCCUUCGUUAUUUUGAAAAGAAGACUACGGCCACGGUUGUUUAGAAUUUGGGUAACAACCGGUGUGCGACACUGAAGUACACCACGUUACCUAGGUGAAACUUUCAUAAUGACCCUGUCAUUAAUAAAUAUUAUGUUAUUUUCAAUUGUUUUUUAAAAGGCGAGACUACUUAUUAAAUAUUGUCAAUGUUUAUGAAAGGGUUAUCUCCUAGGAUUGACUUGAUCAACGAAAUUAACUAACACACAUAUUCUGGUGAGGGUCUGAGAUGACUCUCUUCAGACCCCGGCUAGUUAAUUGGCUACCAGCUCCAUCUGUUGAGCUGUACAACAUUUUCCUCACAAAAGGUCCUCCAACCACCCUGGCUUCCCCCGGAAACAUCUAGUGAGGGACAUUCGGUCAACACGUGCGCAGGUGUCUCCGGGACCAGGCUUCAAUGCCGGCAGGUAGGAACCCUGUUGUUAUCCAUUUGCCAGAAAAAUGUGCCAAUGGGGCAGUGCUUGGUGCGCAUUUGCGUCACUAAGCUCUACUGUCUGCGGCCUAACACCCACCAUUGGUCUUGUUUGCUAGGAGUGGGCAAGUUUGAAAAGACGCCUCUGGUGGUCGUGCUGUCUGCCCAUUGCCUGUACCACUUCGUCCUGAAAUGGUCCACCAGCCAGUUCUUAAUUCCCUAAUAAGAUAAUGUUACCUCUGGCUGAGGCUGGGCAGCCCCGGUUUUCGCCAGUGUGUCCGCUUUCUCAUUGCCACUGACGUUGACAUGACCUGAGAUCCUCUGCACUGUGACCUUGCCUCCUAGUUCGCUGAUUUUGCACACGUCUAAGAAUAGAGCUCUAUGCCUUCUUGCGCCCGCACACAGACUUGUGUCAAUUUUUUUUGAAAGAUUGAGCUUUGUUGGUUGCCUGGGAGCAGAGGUCUUGUACAAAAUUAUGCAUUUGCAGUUUUUGAUCUAAUUUGACUCCCAUGUAAACCGGUUGCUUGUCCCAUUUGAGCGCUAAAUCGCCCACCUUCAGCUCAAUCUCUUGUUUGAAAAUGGUCCGCCCGUUGGUAAAGAGUGAAUAGACCGUCGUCUCGGUGUUGAUUUCCUGGUGCCACCACCGCAUGUACCUGUUGAUAGCAGAGAGGUCUUGCUGUAAUAGCGUUUGCAGGCGGUGGAUAUCCUUAACGGUGCUCCAGGUGAUCAAAUCAUCGACAUACAUAGCGGCACUAGAUGCUAAAGUAAGUGGCAAGUCAUUGAUGUAGCCUAGGAAAAUAGUGCAACUGAGGGAUGACCCUUGCGGGAUCCAUUCUUCAAGGGUUCUUUCCUGGAGGUUUCGCUGCCGAAUUUUGUGUUGAUUGUCGGGUUUGUUUGAAAACCGAAAACCCAACUGUACAUAUUUGCCGUUACUCUCAACUUUUGCAACUUCAGCAAUAGACUAGACCUCCAAACUCGGUCAUAGGCUUGUCGGAGGUAAAAAAAUACAGCCACCGUACGCGACUUUUUGUGGAGCCCAACGGAACUCUAUUUAUUAAUUCCCUUUGAAAAUCAUCAAUAAAGAAAUUAAAUCAAUACAUAUUAUUGUAGAUAAUUACUUUUUAAAUUAACUUGUAUGUCUUUCAGUAACCAUGAGAAUUCAAAUUCGUUAAUUUGAUAUAGAAGGAUUGUGACAAGGUUGUAAGAAGGUUGUAAGACGGUUGUAAGACGGUUGCAAAAAGGUUGUAAGAAGGAUGUAAGAAGGCUGUAAGACGGUGGUAAGACGAUUGUAAGAAGGUGGUAAGAAGGUUGUAAAACGGUUGUAAGAAGGUUGUCAGAAGGUUGUAAGACGGUUGUAAGACGAUUGUAAGAAGGUUGUAAGAAGGUUGUAAGAUGGUUGUAAGAAGGUUGUAAGAAGGUUGUAAAAAAGUUGUAAGACGUUGUUAGACAGUUGUAAGAAGGUUGUAAGACGGUUGUAAGAAGGAUGUAAGACGGUUGUAAAAAAGUUGUAAUACUAUUGUAAGGAGAUUGUUAAAUUUUGUAAGACGGUUGUAAGAAGGUUGUAAGACGGUUCUAAGAAGGUUUUAAGACGGUUUUAAGAAGGUUGUAAGACGGUUGUAAGAAGGUUGUAAGACGGUUGUAAGAUGGUUGUAAGAAGGUUGUAAGAUGGUUGUAAGAAGGUUGUAAGAUGGUUGUAAGAAGGUUGUUAGAGAGUUGUAAGAAGGUUGUAAGAUGGUUCUAGAAGAGUGUAAGACGGUUGUAAGAAGGUUGUAAGAAGGUUGUAAGAAAGUUGUAAGACGGUUGUAAGACGGUUGUAAGAAGGUUGUAAGAAGGUUGUAAGACGGUUGUAAGAAGGUUGUAGAAGAUGGUAAGAUGGUUGUAAGAUGGUUGUAAGAAGGUUGUAAGACGGUUGUAAGAAGGUUGUAAGACGGUUGUAAGAAGGUUGUAGAAGAUUGUAAGACGGUUGUGAGAAGGUUGUAAGACGGUUGUAAGAAGAUUGUAGAAGAUUGUAAGACGGUUGUAAGAAGGUUGGAAGACGGUUGGAAGACGGUUGUAAGAAGGUUGUAAGCAGGUUGGAAGACUGUUGUAAGAAGGUUAUAAGACGGUUGUAAGAAGGUUUUAAGACGGUUGUAGAAGAUUGUAAGACGGUUGUAAGAAAGUUGUAAGCAGGUUGUAAGACGGUUGUAAGAAGGUUGUAAGACGGUUGUAAGAAGGUUGUAGAAGAUUGUAAGACGGUUGUAAGAAGGUUGUAAGAAGGUUGUAGAAGAUUGUAAGACGGUUGUAAGAAGGUUGUAAGACGGUUGUAAAAAGGUUGUAAGACGGUUGUAAAACGGUUGUACAAGAUUGUAAGACGGUUGUAAGAAGGUUGUAAGACGGUUGUAGAAGAUUGUAAGACGGUUGUAAAAAGGUUGUAAGAAGGUUGUAGAAGAUUGUAAGACGGUUGUAAGAAGGUUGUAAGAAGGUUGUAGAAGAUUGUAAGACGGUUGUAAGAAGGUUGUAAGACGGUUGUAAGAAGGUUGUAAGACGGUUGUAAAACGGUUGUACAAGAUUGUAAGACGGUUGUAAGAAGGUUGUAAGACGGUUGUAGAAGAUUGUAAGACGGUUGUAAAAAGGUUGUAAGAAGUUUGUAGAAGAUUGUAAGACGGUUGUAAGAAGGUUGUAAGCAGGUUGGAAGACUGUUGUAAGAAGUUAUAAGACGGUUGUAAGAAGGUUUUAAGACGGUUGUAGAAGAUUGUAAGACGGUUGUAAGAAAAUUGUAAGACGGUUGUAAGAAGGUUGUAAGCAGGUUGUAAGCAGGUUGUAAGACGGUUGUAAGAAGGUUGUAAGACGGUUGUAAGAAGGUUGUAGAAGAUUGUAAGACGGUUGUAAGAAGGUUGUAAGAAGGUUGUAGAAGAUUGUAAGACGGUUGUAAGAAGGUUGUAAGACGGUUGUAAGAAGGUUGUAAGCAGGUUGGAAGACUGUUGUAAGAAGGUUAUAAGACGGUUGUAAGAAGGUUUUAAGACGGUUGUAGAAGAUUGUAAGACGGUUGUAAGAAAGUUGUAAGACGGUUGUAAGAAGGUUGUAAGCAGGUUGUAAGACGGUUGUAAGAAGGUUGUAAGACGGUUGGAAGAAGGUUGGAAGACGGUAGGAAGACGGUUGUAAGAAGGUUGUAAGCAGGUUGGAAGACUAUUGUAAGAAGGUUGUAAGACGGUUGUAAGAAGGUUUUAAGACGGUUUUAAGAAGGUUGUAAGACGGUUGUAAGAACGUUGUAAGAUGGUUGUAAGAAGGUUGUAAGAUGGUUGUAAGAAGGUUGUUAGAGAGUUGUAAGAAGGUUGUAAGAUGGUUCUAGAAGAGUGUAAGACGGUUGUAAGAAGGUUGUAAGAAGGUUGUAAGAAGGUUGUAAGACGGUUGUAAGAUGGUUGUAAGAAGGUUGUAAGAUGGUUGUAAGAAGGUUGUAAGAUGGUUGUAAGAAGGUUGUAAGAAGGUUGUUAGAAGGUUGUAAGACGGUUGUAAGACGGUUGUAAGAAGGUUGUAAGACGGUUGUAAGAAGGUUGUAGAAGAUGGUAAGACGGUUGUAAGAUGGUUGUAAGAAGGUUGUAAGACGGUUCUAAGAAGGUUGUAAGACGGUUGUAAGAAGGUUGUAGAAGAUUGUAAGACGGUUGUAAGAAGGUUGUAAGACGGUUGUAAGAAGGUUGUAGAAGAUUGUAAGACGGUUGUAAGAAGGUUUGAAGUCGGUUGGAAGACAGUUGUAAGAAGGUUGUAAGCAGGUUGGAAGACUGUUGUAAGAAGGUUGUAAGACGGUUGUAAGAAGGUUUUAAGAUGGUUGUAGAAGAUUGUAAGACGGUUGUAAGAAAGUUGUAAGACGGUUGAAAGAAGGUUGUAAGCAGGUUUUAAGACGGUUGUAAGAAGGUUGUAAGACGGUUGUAAGAAGGUUGUAGAAGAUUGUAAGACGGUUGUAAGAAGGUUGUAAGAAGGUUGUAGAAGAUUGUAAGACGGUUGUAAGAAGGUUGUAAGACAGUUGUAUGAAGGUUGUAAGACGGUUGUAAAACGGUUGUACAAGAUUGUAAGACGGUUGUAAAAAGGUUGUAAGACGGUUGUAGAAGAUUGUAAGACGUUUGUAAAAAGGUUUUAAAAAGGUUGUAGAAGAUUGUAAGACGGUUGUAAGAAGGUUGUAGAAGAUUGUAAGACGGUUGCAAGAAGGUUGUAAGACGGUUGUAAGAAGGUUGUAAGACGGUUGUAAGAAGGUUAUAGAAGAUUGUAAGACGGUUGUAAGAAGGUUGUAGAAGAUUAUAAGACGGUUGUAAGAAGGUUGUAAGACGGUUGUAAGAAGUUUGUAAGACGGUUGUAAGACGGUUGUAAGAAGUUUGUAAGACGGUUGUAAGACGCUUGUAAGAAGGUUGUAAGACGGUUGUAAGACGGUUGUAAGAAGUUUGUAAGAUGGUUCUAGAAGAGUGUAAGACGGUUGUAAGAAGGUUGUAGAAAAUUGUAAGACGGUUGUAAGAUGGUUGUAAGCAGAUUGUAAGACGAUUGUAAAAAAGUUGUAAGACGGUUAUAAGAAGGUUUUAAGAUCUAAGUAAGAAGGUUGUAUGAAUAUUGUAAAAAGGUUGUUCGACGGUUGUUCGACGGUUGUAAGAAAAUUGUAAGCGGAACAGGAAGCGAUGUCCUUAUUUAAACAAGUGGACGCAGCCAAGGCCUCGGGACCAGACAAAUUAAGUGGUCGGCUCAUUAAACUAUCUUCAGAGUAACUCUCUUGCAUUUGUGUUACAUAUUUAAUAAAUCUUAUGUUACUCACACAAUACCAGCAACUUGGAAAACUUCAUAAAUAAUACCAAUUCCAAAGAAAAAUGAGGUAACACGCAACAACGACAUACGACCAGUUGCACUUACCUCUAUUGUCAUGAAAUGUUUUGAGAAAAUAAUUCUAAAAGAAAUUUUGAAUGAAGUACAGCAAAAACUUGACCCCCUCCAAUUUGCUUACAAACCUGCCAGAAGUACGUAGGAUGCAAUCUUACUAUUGUUGGAGAGACUUUACCAUUACAUAGAAAGUCCUAAAACAUAUGCCAGAGUGCUUUUCUUAGACUUCUCAUCAGCUUUUAACACUUUCCAACCACACCUUAUGAUAAAGAAACUUUCCUCGUUAGGUGUCAAUUUAAAUAUUCAGGCUUGGAUACUGAACUUUUUAACCACUCGACCACAAUAUGUCAAAGUAAAUAACCAAGUAUCAUCUAACCAGAGAAAUAAGCACCGGGGCACCACAAGGCUGCGUUCUCUCUCCUGUACUGUAUACAAUAUAUACACAUGAUUUAUUCAAAGCUCAAGUGACGCCGUUCCAAUCUUAAAAUUUGCUGAUGAUACCACAAUUGUUGGCUUAAUAUCUGAAGGAGAAGGCCCUUACCGCAACUUAGUUACAAGCUUUAUUAAUUGGUGCGAUGAGAAUUUUCUCCAGUUGAAUGUCUCAAAAACAAAGGAAAUGGUUGUUGAUUUCAGGAGGGGGAAACACCAGAUUACAGAUCUCAACAUAACAAAUCAAAUUGUAGAGAAGGUGGAGACAUACAAGUACUUAGGUGUCACCAUUAAUAAUAAGCUAACAUCGCAUGAGCACAACCAAAUGCUGUAUAAGAAAUUCAACCAAAGACUGUUCUACCUCAAAAAACUGUACAAUUUCGGUGUAAACAAACAAGUCGUUAACUUAUUCUACAGUGCAACUAUUGGAAGCCUCCUUAAUUUCAGUAUUACCUGCUGGUGUGGGAAUUAAACGUCUGAUAUUAAACACCACAUAAACCAACUUAUCAAGAAAGCUAGGAACAUAACACAAACUAAACAUCCUUCACUUGAAGAACUAUUUGAAGAAAGGUGUUUUUGUAAAACUAAACACAUUUUGGAUGAUACAUCCCACCCUCUUCAUCACAGAUACUUUGGAUCGGGGCGUUCGGGACGAAUUCUUUCCAUCAGGGCGAGGACUGACAGAUAUAAAAAUUCUUGUGUUCCUCAAUCUGUAUAAAUUUACCGGCGUGCUCCCUCUGAAAUCAUUCAUCUUUAUGAGCACUAAUAAGUCCCCGAUGGCAAAGAGAACACACUGAAAGGCUGUUAGAGAUAAUUUAUUAUAAAUGUCUUGUCUUCAAUUUGUUUUAUUUAUGUGCUGAAAAUGUGUAAUGCAAUCAAAAAACAUUUCCAUUUAUUUGGAUCGAUAAAGUAAUCUUAUCUUAUCGUAAGAAGGUUGUAAGAAGGUUAUAAGAAUGUUGUAAGACGGUUGUAACUGGGAAACUUACAGUUGAUGUAACACAAGAAAUGGGUGUAUUAAUGUAAAUGGGGAAACUAACAGUUAAAUGCAUUUAUAAAACUAACACUUAAGUAUCCAAAAGUUAUAAAUACUUAAAUAAAUGCAGAUAUAUUUAGAUUUUAGAAUAAUUAUAUUGAUUCGAUUUCCUUAGAAUAUUAAACAAACUCUGAUCAUUUUUUAGAAGACUCCGAAAGUAUUUGCUCGUUUGUUUUAAACCGGAUAUGGCCAGUUUAGGACAUUCAUUUUUUUAAAUGUUUUUAUAGUUUUACGUCGAGGCCUAUGUUGUCAAACAUAUUUGCUUGUUAAAUUUUGCGAGAAUUGACCACUGAUAAAUUAUAUUUGAAAUAGUAGAACAAGUGAUGUGGACGCUUGAGUCAGAAGGCAGGACAAUAAGAUAAGAGCGCUUCGGCUAAGAGCCUUCCUCGGGAGACAGGACAAUGAAAAUACGACAAUAAACUAGAUAAUAUCACAAGUGAUCGUCAUUGUUAUAGGUUAUAUUUUUAUUUGAUGUAAUCGAUUCCUUCCAUGAGACUGAAUAACAGAACAGAAAACAAUGGUUAAGUUAUUGGCUUUAAAAAGAUCGAUCCAUUUUUUUGUAUCAAUGUCAAAUUGACAGUUGCGCUGGUUAAGUGGAAAGUAUUUAUUCUGGUAAUGGAGUAAAUAUCCUUACUUUUUUUCAAUCAAUGAUUGCGGGUAUAUAAGAAUUCCAUCACUUUAAACGCUGAAACAUUUUCCUGACACUCAUCUUUUCUUGGUUGGUGUGCGUCAGCUUCUAGACUCUCCAUCUGGAUUAUCUUCAAGGAAGACAUGAACCUUCUGUUGGACUACGCUAUAUUUUUGGGUAUUGAAAUAAUGAUGUUUUAACAAAUGUUGUUAGCUCACUACUUUGUAAAGAUGGUAUUGUAAAAAAAUCAUGUAGCAAUAAUAACAUAUUUCCAAAUUGAUUCUUAUAAUAAAAAGUAGGUUAUAACUUAUGAUCAAUUUAUAAAGGCAUAUGGAAUAUAUUAUUUUUGUUACAAUCAUUGUAAAUGCAUCUUUAUUUGUGUUUUAAACAGUAUCCGAUGUUCAGUGUAUAUCCUAUACUUUUAUUUAUGUGAAUGUUGUGCUAAAAUUGAAAAUGGAACGUUUGAUCUUCACCUAUUUGAAUGUGCGCCUUGGAUUCAUCGCUAACUUAUUUUUGUUAUAACCCUAAGGCGAAUUUCUUUGAUGUUCUGGAGUGCCUUUAAAAAUGUUAUAUUGGCGUCUAUCUUACCCUGUCAUCAAAUAGAAACUCGUUUAAAUUAGAACGAGCUAUUGGUCAAAAAAGUAAAGAGGGUUAGAAGCGUUAGAAAAAUUAAGAAAAACAGGAGGGGGGAGGGGGUUACAAACUCCCAACCACCAAAGUCAAAACCACCACAGCCUAUAUGGCAUGUGAAUAAACAUCAGCCAACUAUAGAAGAUAAUGUUAGCGUUAAAAGUCAAAAGUCAAGUCCGCUGAUGUAACUUUUGAAAGUCAACGAAUAAAAACCAUAAUAAAGUUAUGCUUGUUAUACAUAUGUACAGCAAUGGCUUGGAAUAUAAUUGUGCUCCAUUUAUUUAUUUUUUAAAACCAGGUUAUUUCCUAAAACAACAUUACCAUAUAAUUUUAAUAAGACUAUCAUAUUGCUUAUUAUUUUCAGAAGUAUUUUUUAUAGCGCUUACCAAUGGAAGUUCAGCAAGAUUUGAUAAAAUAACGCGACCAUCUUGUGGGCCCACACGACUGUCUCCAGGUUGGGUGGAUAAGUCAAAACUAUCAUGUGCAGCCAGGUGUAAGGCUAGGUAAAUUAAAUAUAAUACAAGAUAUAGAGCAAUACAUCUAACCCAUUUUAAACAAUCUUAAACAGUUUCAAUAUUUUAAGGAGAUUAGAUUGCCUGUACGCUAAGCAAAGUAGAAUUUAGCACCUUUUUAAGCCAUGUAAAAUUUUUUCUAAGUUUAUUUUUUCUUGAUGCAUUAUAAAUAAACAAUCUACAAAAACAUGUUUUGUGGUAUAAAUCCUUUAUAAAUGUAAAAUCGAGCAAUGGGGAUUGGGCUGUUACUUUGACAAAACAUGCAUACAUGUAACGCACUUAUCGAGCAGUGGGGAUUGGGCAGUUACUUUGACAAAACAUGCAUACAUGUAACGCACUUAUCGAGCAGUGGGGAGUGGGCUGUUACUUUGACAAAACAUGCAUACAUGUAACGCACUUAUCGAGCAAUGGGGAUUGGGCUGUUACUUUGACAAAACAUGCAUACAUGUAACGCACUUAUCGAGCAAUGGGGAUUGGGCUGUUACUUUGACAAAACAUGCAUACAUGUAACGCACUUAUCGAGCAGUGGGGAUUGGGCUGUUACUUUGACAAAACAUGCAUACAUGUAACGCACUUAUCGAGCAAUGGGGAUUGGGCUGUUACUUUGACAAAACAUGCAUACAUGUAACGCACUUAUCGAGCAAUGGGGAUUGGGCUGUUACUUUGACAAAACAUGCAUACAUGUAACGCACUUAUCGAGCAAUGGGGAUUGGGCUGUUACUUUGACAAAACAUGCAUACAUGUAACGCACUUAUAAGAAGAUUUAUAGUGCUCCCCCCCCCCCAUGCUCGCAACCCCAUAUUUAUUUCACGCCCCUGAACUAUAUUACUAAUGUAAUGACCCACCCGUAUAUUUAUUAUUGAACUAACUAUUUCAUAAAAGUUAAAGAAAAUAUAACGCACCAAAUGCAUUUGCGAUAUUUUUUUAAUUUUUUUUUUGGAAAGAAUCUCAUUUAGCGCAGGUCUUGGAAAGAAUCUCAUUUAGCGCAGGUCUCGGGAAUUUUCCUUUAUGUUCCCCUUGAAAAAAAAAAGAAAGAAAAUACUGAUUUUUGGGGGGUUGGGGUUGGGUUGUGGGACUGAACAUUUGAAAGAAUGGGUUCUCAUUUGCAACGAGUCUAUGUGCCGAGUUUCAGCUCGAUAGCUUGACGGGAAGUGGGUCAAUGAGACGUCCGCAGAUUUUGCCACCCAGGAACAAACAAAAGCGAAGUUGAGAUACAGGACUUUUUUUAAAGUGUUCACUUUAUUUUAAAUAAAAAUUGUUGAGUUGACAUGUUAUAAUUAGUCUCUCUUACUGUUCGAACCACUGAUGUUUUGCAAAUUUAAAAUAAUCCUCUAAUUGUAGUUCAGUUGAAUAUAUUUUAAAUCUUGGUCAAUGUUAUUUGAAUAAGAACAAUGACUGGCAAGAUUUUUUUUAAAAAUGUUUGUAUUAUUUAUAUUUUUUACCGAAACCUUCAGCUGCAUGGGGAGAGAAAUAUGAUUUUUUUCAUUAGAAUGUUCAAUGAUCUCCCUUAAAUGAAUUCAUCCUAUUUAACAUUCUAUAAUCUAAGACAUCCAACAGUUUGUCGUAGUUUCAUGUACAACAAAACCACCAAACUGUGUACACCUGGCGGGGACAUUAAUAGCGCCUACCCAUCACCAUCUACGGUGGAAGGUGAUCUCUACUAUCAAGGUUUCAAGUAAGUUAUAUCAUUCGUACUUGAAUGGAAUAACGCAACUAAUGUUAUUAUGGUUAUAAUGAAAUGGGGUCAAUCAAAUUUUAAAAAGAAUAAUAUCCCAGAUUAUUGAAAUGUUCCCCCUUAUUACAAUUAGAAUUAUAUCAUUUAUAGUCAACCAUCAAUCAAUAGCAUUGUCAUAUUUGCGUCUAUCUAUCCAUUUUCAUAUUUGAUCGGGUGAUCAUUCCCAACACACCAAAAUUUCUUUCGGGAUCUUUCGGGAAUUCUGAAUUUUUCUACUUCAGUAAACAGUGGCACAGCUUAGAUUGGUGCCGCAAGGAAUAUAGAAUAUGUACAAACCAGUUUUCUUGCAUUGUCGGCUCCUCCGUCAUUUGAACACUUUUUACAAUGAGCUGAGUUAAAAUUAGCUAUGUGAGUUAAUAAUAACUAUGUUGAGUUAAAAUUAGCUAUGUGAGUUAAUAAUAACUAUGUUGAGUUAAAAUUAGCUAUGUGAGUUAAUAAUAACUAUGUUGAGUUAAAAUUAGCUAUGUGAGUUAAUAAUAACUAUGUUGAGUUAAAAUUAGCUAUGUGAGUUAAUAAUAACUAUGUUGAGUUAAAAUUAGCUAUGUGAGUUAAUAAUAACUAUGUUGAGUUAAUAUUAGCUAUGUGAGUUAAUAAUAACUAUGUUGAGUUAAUAUUAGCUAUGUGAGUUAAUAAUAACUAUGUUGAGUUAAUAUUAGCUAUGUGAGUUAAUAAUAACUAUGUUGAGUUAAUAUUAGCUACUUUGAGUUAAAAUUAGCUAUGUUAGUUAAUAUUAGCUAUGUUGAAUUAAUAUUAGUUAUGUUUUAGUUAAAAUUAGCUUUCUAAAUCACUGGUAGGCUUCAUACUUCCCUUUAGCCGUGAAAGACCGAACACCAACGAAAAAGUCUAGCGGCAGCUUGAACGCUUCGAAAAUUAAAACCUAGCCAAACUUGGUGUCCAUAAAUGUUCAGAAUAAAAAUUGUCACGUACGACGCUGAGAUGGCGCUCUCAGAAGCAAAACUUGAAACUGCUGACCAAGUAGAUGUGUUGCUAGCUCAAUGUAUUGGUAUCGCAAGACGCUCUGUGGUGUGUGUGGGGAGCGGGGGAGUCCUUCCUUGGCGUGCAGUAUAAAAUAAUAGUUUCUUUAAAGUCCGAUACAACAUUAAGAGCUCCUAAGAAGGUUUGCGCUGGAAAUGAUGUGCAAUCAACGUCACUCACCAGUACAAUGUCCAACGGUAGUAAUGCCCAAAGGGUCAAAUGGCACACAGGUAACAAUACCAAAUGGGUAAUAAUGCCCGCACAGGUAAUUAUACCAAAAGGUUAACAAUGCCCAAAGGGUCAUAAUGCACACAGGUAAUAAUGCCCUAAGGGCAAUAAUGCCAACAGUUAUUAAUGCGAAAAAGGUAAUAAUGCCCAAAGGACAAGAAUACCCACAGGUAACAAUUUCCAAAGGGUGAUAAUAUCCACAAGGAAUAAUGCCCACCCGUAAUAAUAUCCAUCGGUGAUAUAUCGAACCAGUAGUAAUGCCCAAAGGGUAAUAAUGCCCCCCCCCCACUGGUAGAGCACUUUAAAACAUUGUUUAUUUCAAAUUUAAUGUUAAAAAGGUGUCAGAUGCUUCUUAAAGAAACCUAAACUGUGUCAGUCUGAUAACUCCCCGAGUUUAGAAUAAAAGGAGGCUGUUGGUUUGUUCCUUCCUUUUUUUUUUUUUGCUUUUUUUUAUUUUUUUUUAUUUUUUUUUUUUUUUUUUUUUUUUUUUUUUUUUUUUUUUUUGUGUUUUUUUUUUUUUUUUUUUUUUUUUGUGGGGGGGGGGUUGGGGUGGGGGGUGGGGAGGGGGGUUUGAAGCAAACAAAUUGCGUAUUGAUAUGAUAAGAUUCAAAGCGGAUUUGGGCGACUAAGUUUAUGUUACAUAUUUUCCCUUUAAAGUCUCGAAGAGCAGAUGCUACAAUUGCAAGAUCAAAAUUCCGCUUUAAUGAAAAUUUAAAUCUAUUUUAAUUUGAAGUAAAUAUGGCACUUAUCUAUCCCUCGAGUUCAGUAAUAGUUCAAUCAAACAGUUUGACAAUAACUCCACCAACGAGAUUAUUGUAACAGCCAUGAAACAUCUUAUAUUAAGACUAAACCUAAAAGGCGACAAAAUACGGGGCCACUAAAACUAUUUCAUUUUUUUUAUUAUUUUUUUUUUGUAAAUAAACUUUAAAAAUAUUGGAAGGAUUUUUAAUAUCUCUUAUGAAUUUUUAUAAUUCCGUCAAUAACUUUACGAAUGUUAGAAGAGUUUCUACUUUUUAAAUGUAUUCUUAAAUAUCCAUGCCUUCAUAUUUUCUAGAGUCGUAAGCUCAGUACAGGCAACAGUAAAUGUCGCCUUCUUCUAUGGAACGUACAGUUACGCGGAUUCUGAGACUAACUGUGAGUGCUUAAAUUCUCAUCUUUUCGUGAUGGAUACUUGGAACAAAUGGAGUCUCCUGGAUGACAUUGUAAGACCACGAAGUUAUACCUGGAUUGGUCUGGACGACAGGACGGUCGAAGGCAAAUUUGUGUGGGCAAACACCAGUCGAUUUAUUGAUCCAAUUUUAAAACAGCUCAUAUUUCAAGCUGGUCAACCAUAUAGCGGAAAUAGCGAUGCUCAAGACUGUGUAGCAGUUACUGACAUUUUACUGCAAUUAGAUGACAUAGAAUGUGGGAAACGUAUGAGCCACAUUUGUGAGAGACCAACCUAUCAAUGAGGUGUAAAGGGUUUUCAGAAAAAGAUCUGCAAUAAAGCAAAUGU